UUCUGUUGUACCUGCAUCACCGGCGGGCCGUUCCCCAACUCGCCAGACUCCCGGACCCCGGAUAUUCGACGUUUUUAGCCUGGUCCCAUCAAGAAAUUUUAUUUGUACGCCGUCUCACCUUCAAAGACUGUCACCGGUCCACCAGAUCCCGACCAAUCACCAAGCACAUCCAACAAGUGCAGCAACAUGUCAGAACAAAUUCCAUCCACCGUGUCGAAAGACGAACAUCAGAGGAAACCGAGAGGACCCAAACCACCGAAACAAAAGAAGGAAAACCCCAUCACGGCCGCUGUCAACUCAUGGCUCCAAGACCACACCCAAUCCAUUUCCCUUCCCACACUACUUUCAACACUAGACAGCAUCCAGGAUGAAGGCCAACUCAAAGCCCUCCUCCUCGACAAAGCGCCCAAGCGGUGGGUAAUCUACGAACCCAUGGUCCUUCUCCCCAGCGGUAGUUUCACCACCACUCCCUGGCCUCAGCUCCUUGACUCUCUUUCUUCCAACGUCAAAUCCAGUUUGUGGACCCGCAUCUUGUCAAACAUCACUAGCGACGGGGCGUCAAAGGUGGACUUGAGCAGGUUGGCUGUUAAUGAAGGGAUCCCUUUACAUAUUGCCGACGGCGCUGCUGAAAAGGAUGCAAGAGAAGAGGAAGAAGAGGAGAACUUGUUGCGCUCUCCCAGCGGCCUCAAGUUACUCCACGGCGACUUUGGUCCCGCCUUAUCACCAUCCCCCACCGUGGCCCUAGUACCAACGCCACAAGAUUUCGAGCAAGCAUUCUGGGUGUCGACCAAGCAGAAUGGGAUCACGCAGAUUUGGGCGCCGCGGUACACCAUGUUUUCGCGGGGGAACGUGAAGGAGAAGGCUAGAUUGUUGGAUUUCCACCGGUCUCCAACUCCCAUUGGCGCAGCGCCCACCAGCAGCAACGGAGCAGCAGCACCACGACAGCAACAACAACAACAACAACAACAACAACAACAACAACAACAACAACAACAACAACAACAACAACAACAACAACAACAACAACAACAACAACAACAACAACAACAACAACAACAACAACAACAACAACAACAACAACAACAACAACAACAACAACAACAACAACAACAACAACAACAACAACAACAACAACAACAACAACAACAACAACAACAACAACAACAACAACAACAACAACAACAACAACAAAGCCUGAGUCAUCGAGGAAGAGCACCGACCGUCCUAAAGGGCAAAUACGCCCUAGAUCUAUACGCAGGCAUCGGCUACUUUGUCUUUUCGUACGCCAAGCUGGGGAUGCGCGUGCUCUGCUGGGAGAUCAACCCGUGGAGCGUGGAGGGGCUGCGGAGGGGCGCGGUGGCGAAUAAGUGGAGUGUUAAAGUGUUUCAGGGGGAAGAAGACCUGACAAAGAAGACCACGGCGGAGCUGCUACAGGAGGCAGAUGCCGAGGGGGUACAGAUUGUGGUGUUUUUGGAGGGGAACGAAAGUGCAGGGCGGAGAGUAAGGGAAUUGAGAGAACGGAAAAGGGAGUUGGAUGUGGUUCAUGUGAAUGGAGGGUUUUUGCCUACGAGUGAGAAGAGCUGGAGGGAUUCGUGGCAGGCGGUGGUGGGGAAAGGGGUGGGGGAUGGAUGGUUGCAUUUACAUGAGAAUGUUCAUGUGAAAGAUAUCGAGUCGCGAAGGGGGGAGAUUCAGGAACUGAUGACCCGCUGGAACGAAGAGUUGGAUGACAGUGAUGGGACAACAACAGAGACAAAGGCGGUGGUGGAGCAUGUAGAGCUCGUCAAGACGUUUGCGCCAGAUGUGUGGCAUUGUGUCUUUGAUGUAUACAUUAAAAGGUGUUGUGAUACAGGUAGUAAGUAG